CUUUUAAAAAAAAAUAAUUUUUUUUUAUGUGGAAGGAAAAUGGAUUUUAUAUCGAAUAUUGGGAAUAAGCGGAAUAGUAGAAAGACCAAUAGUCGACGACCUUAUACCAGAAGAACUUCAAUUUCCUCCGUCACCAGUGUCAAUGCUCCCACCAAGAAAGAAAAGACAUUAUAUUCUUUAAAUAAACAUGAAGUCUUUCCCAAUUACAAACCACAACAAGACAUGGCUGCAGAGCAGAGCUUGUCUAAACCAGACAAGUUAUGGAUCAAUACAGACCAGUAUCAAUCCAGUAGUGCAGAAGAAGAAGACUUAUUUUCAGAAGUCGCAAGGCAGUUGGAUUUAAGCGCUGAACAAUUAGCCAGUCUAUCCGACGAACAUUCACCUCUGACCCCAAGAGUUGUUUCAAAGAAAUCCAGUCAAUCCAAAUUAAAAUCAACUAUUAAACCCACCAAGAAAUCAGCACCUCCCAAUUACGUAAAGAUGCUUUAUAAACAAAAACAAAAAGGCAUUACUUAUGAGUUGAUCCUGGAAUUAUCUUACUACAUCCGCACAUCAGACAGCUGGCUAGAACGUUUCAUCGAGGACGGUGGUAUGCAGAAAAUAGCAAAAGAUCUAGGUAUCAUCCACAAGAAACCCAACAGAACACAAAACGAUUAUAAAAUAGAAUUAGAAAUAUUAAAAUGUUUAAACACCUUGAUGAAUCAAAAGUCUGGUUUACAAGAAGCAUUUAAACACUCACGCAUCAUAGACAACUUUUGUAUUUCACUUAUAUCCCCUUAUAUACCCGCAAGAACGCAAGCGUGUGAAUCGCUCACUGCCUUUUGUUUUUUACCAAACGGACGAUCCAUGGUGUUACACGGCAUGGAACUCUUAAAGGGCGCAAUGUUUCUGGGAAGGUUCGAUGCAUGGAUGCAAGCCUUGGAAAAGACAUUGGACGGUCGUGGCAAGAUGGGAUCGGCUGUGGGGGCGAGUGAAGAUCUCAAAAUGACAGGCAUGGUAGGCUCCGGUGAUUCUCAAAUUACUCAGUACAUGUUUAUCAGUGUCCUCUUCAUCAACACACUCGUCAGACCCGAUAUCGUAGAAGAUCGAAAGGAACGCAUCCUCUUGAGUGAGGAAUUAGAGGCCGCAGGUAUUCAUACCAUCUUUGAAAAAAUGGCCCAUUUACAUCAUGAACAUAUCAAUUUGGCCAUUCAGAAAUUUAAAGAUGAGAUUGACGCAGAUACAAUGCAAGAGGAUAUGGAAGCCUAUUACACCAUGGAUCCAUUGCAUUUAUUUCAAAUCUUGAUGACAGCUACACAAAAUACUCCCGCCUCACAGAGUUUACACAACAUUCUUUGUUAUUUGCUUAAAAUUCAAGACAAUCCCGAAAAGAGCAACUAUCAGUGUCAGCUGAUUGAAAUGUUGGUCCAGCAGGUAGCCAUGGAUCAAAAUAUCGCUUAUCCGGACGACAUUUCCAAUGUGAGUGAAUUUACUGUACAAACCUUAAUACCUAAAUUCUCAACUGACGAAGACGAAAGCAAAAAGAAGGCUUAUCUCGACGGGUCGGAUGACAUAAUCGGGUCGUUGGAGGCAAAGAUAGAAUACCUGGAAAAAGACCUCAGUUUAUCAAAACAGACAAAUGCCAUGUUAAAGAUCUUUUUUAAGAGCACAGAAGAACGUUACAAGACUGAAUUAAUCGAGACAGAAACAAAGAUGCGUAAGCUUCAUGACUCCGUACGUAAUCUUACAGAAUAUGGUAAUCCGUCACCCAAGCGUCGUAGUUUUCGAACUCCUCCCAUCCUCCCCAACACAACAUCCACAUCAGCUGCAUCCGCUGCAACAACAACAGCAACGACAACAGCAACACAUACAGCAACACAUACAGCAGCAGCAAAAGGACUUGGUGCACCAUCAUCCUCUACAAUGCGAAAGAGUGAUUUACGUAGUUCUUGGACAGCACCUGUAGUAGUCACUACACCACCUACCGUCCUACCUUCACCUAAAUCAGCACCUGUCAAUGAUCCCACUGUUCAAAAGAGUCCAGCACCACCUUUACAACCACAACAUGCACCUGGUAAUGGCAUUCGACAAUCCUUACGAUCAAAAAUUGGAAGUUUUGUACGACGUUCAAGCAAUGACACAUUAAACAAUCCUAAUUUACCGCCCAAAACAAAAUCACGAGGGAGUUCCAUGGAUUCCAAUUCAUCUUUAGGUUCAUCCUCAUUGAAAAGGGUAUCCACACCCACCAGUAGUAGUACUAAGAACUCAACGGGGACAGCGAGAUCACAAUCGGUAGGGAGUGUUCAUAGUUUAAAGACGUCAGUUUCGGAUAAAGAUGUGGUACGGUCAACGACCUCCAGUACAGUAGGUUCACAACAUUCGAGAAAAUCACUUCAUGAUGAGUUUUCGGUUUUGGAAGAAAUGGUGGAAGAAGAAAUCCAAUUGUUACCUCAACCCGCAUUACUUUCACCCCAUUCUCCUUCUGUCAUUCGGGAUGGGUAUACUGUACUUGUGGAUGGUGAGUUGUUGGUGUCACCUGUACAUCAUGCUCUCGUGGAUUAUACAUUUCCUCCUGAACCAGUUUCUGUUUCUCCCCUUACAUAUGCACCAUCUGCACCAUCGCCACCACCGCCACCACCACCACCACCGCCACCUCCUCCCCCUCCACCACCACCACCACCACCACCACCACCAUCAAACGCAUCAGCAGCAGCAGCAACAACAGCAGCCACCACAGAAUCGCUACCCCCCGCCAAUAUUUCACCACCUGCACCACCCAACAGUAAUGCGACAAACACGCCUGUAUCCUCACCGCCUUUACCACCCACGUUUCUGGGUGUGACAGGACGUAAACCGAGCGCGUUUCAAGCAAAGCAAAAAUUAAAGUUUGUGGAAUGGGAAAAGAUGAAUUUUAUCAAUAUUCAACAAACGAUUUGGAACGAAUUUGAACGGGAUAUUGAAAUGUCCUUGCACAAACAACUGGAAUCCACGGAUUCCAUCAUGGAGUACCAAUUGGCGAAAGCAGGGGUAUUUGAUGAUGUGGAAUUAACAUUUGCACAAAAGCCCAGUGUAGCCAUCAAAUCCAAACCUACAAAGCAAGAGACGCAUAUUUUGGAUACAAAGAAGGCCUACAAUUUAAAUAUCUUUAUCAAGAAUAUGAUCAAAAAGAUUCCAUUUGACGAUAUUCGUUACUCGUUCUUGCAAAUGGAUGCCUAUUUUUUAGACGAACAGAUUAUCUUGAACUUGUUAAAAUAUUUACCUUCCGAUGAUGAAAGGGCCAAAUUACAAACCUAUGAAUUGGCUUCGUUGGAAGAAGUCGAACGUUUAGGGAUCCCUGAAAAGUUUUGUCUUCAGAUGAUGAAGACAAAGCGUUUAAAGGAACGAUUGGAAUGUAUGUUGUUUAAAUCCACCUUUUGGGAAAGAUACACUGUAUUGCAUAAACAAAUGACGUCGGUCUACAACGCUUCUUUAGCAUUAAAAGAUGCCAAACAUUUCAAGGAACUCUUACAUUUGGUACUAUUAUUAGGCAACUUUUUAAAUGGAAAUACCUAUCGUGGAGGAGCAUUUGGCAUUAAAAUUGCGAGUAUUAACAAGUUGAUUGAUACCAAGGGUACUUCAAAAUCCACCACCUUAUUACAUUUCUUAGUAGACGCUGUAGAAAAGAAUUUCCCAAGCACACUGACAUUUUUAGAAGAACUCGAUGAAUGUGGACUCGCCUCCAAGGUAUCCCGUAACGAGAUGAUGACCGAGUACAAAUCCAUUGAAGCGGAUCUAGAGCGAUUACAGACCGAGUUAAACAAUCAUUUCCCUUUACAUGAACAUGACCCGCAUGAUGGUUUAGCUUUACCCGGUCUUGAUAAAUUCGCUUCUUCCAUGCAUCAGUUUUUCAAAGAAGCCUCCACCGAAUUUCGUCGUAUAUGCAUGAUCUCCCAAAAGAUGGCUGAAUGCUAUGAUCAAGUCGUCCGAUUUUAUGGCGAGGAUCCCGUCAAGAUGCAACCCGAUGAAUUCUUUGGCAUAUUUAAAGAAUUUACCACCAGUUGGGAUAAGUGUUCGGCCGAUGCCAAGGAAGUCAAGAUGAAGCAAGAUCGUGUAGAAAAGCAAAAGAAACGUGAUAUCGAGCGUAGGAAACGAGCCAACAGUAACGCAGGAUCUCUUAAGAAGGGUGAGAAUGGACAGGAUGAUAAGGCCAUCUUGCAUA